UGGUCUUUGAAUGCAUCAGUGUUUCCGGCGAACCGCAGGCAGAUUAAACUUAAACUUAAACUGCUCCGAGUUUCAGCUGAAAGUUUGCAGAAUUCUUUGAGCUUCUGUGACCUCUGACCUCCAUCAUGGCGUCCACAUCUGUCACCACGGUCGGUGGAGUCAUGAUCGUAACGCAGGUGAUCCCCAAAGGUGACUCCUCCAUCCCACUCGAGUCUGUUGCUGCCUCUGUAGAACAGACCCCGCCCCCUGUGAUGAAGACCACGCCCCCAGCCACAGUGACUCCAUCAACUUCCACAAAGACCGACACCGAGGCCGCCUCCCCCCUGCAGGUGGAGCCCCAGUGUCUCGGGGUUGCCCAGAUCUUCGUGGGCCUGCUGUGUGUCCUGUUCAGCCUGACGGCGGUCUACACCCGGGUCCUGAUCCUCUACGCACCGUUCAGCCUCGGCGCCAUCUUUGUGGUUUCUGGCACCCUGGCUGUGGCGGCAGGAAGACGGACUUCAGUCGGACUGGUCUGGACGUCUUUGAUGUUCAACAUCACCAGCGUCCUGCUGGGCCUGGCCGGUCUCAUCUACCUCUGUCUGCUAAUGGCCACCACGCCCCCCUCUGAGAUGUUCUGUGGAUUCCAAACCUACAACAUCGACUGGAUGAGACGGUGCGUCGGCAAGCUGUGGAUGCUGGAUAGAGCACUUUACGGACUUCUAGGCCUCCUCCUGGUUCUGCUGGUCCUGCAGGUUUGUGUUUCCGUCACCGUCUGCGUCAUCUCCGGAAGAGUCAUCAAGCGUCACAACCGCUACACCCCCAUCAAGGUGGAGACUGAUGACGACCGGACCCUGCUGGACCCACAGCACAGCAGUGAGCACAACCUCCACGCUCAGUCACCCUGAGGGCGGAUGACCCCACGUCGUACCGGAUAAACCACAGCAUCGUGCUCUGUAAUCUUCUCUCUGCUUUUUCUAGUUUUCUGGCUGUAAAUCAGUCCAACCUGUGAUUGUUUUUAAAUGUUAAUCAGGAAAUAAAGACCUGGUGUCAGUUAGAGGAAAACAUUUCAGACAAAAGGGAGUUAAAGUAAUGAUUCUAAUCAGCUUGUAGGUGCCUGUUUAAUGCACAAUUCAUCAGAAGGCCAAACAAUGACCAUAUAAUAUUAAACUUGCACUUUUUCUUUUUUUAAAAGGAAUGUUGCGUCUUUAUAAAACUUUUUUCUUAUAUUUAUUUUUCAAGGUAAAAUGUUUGAGAAGCAAUUCUCAUUUACAAAUACGACCUGGCCAGUAGAGAGAAAAAUAAAAUGAAGAAACGCAUACAUAUGAACGUAUAUUACCACGGUGGUUUACGUUUUUACCAACAGUCUUUGUGUACGUCACAAUAUACUGUAAAAUUGGUCCCAUAGAAAAUAAUGGGAUUUUGCCUAAAUUAAGAAAACCAAGCCUGAUUUGGAGCCCUACAACUCAGGCACACUUUUAUUUUGAAACUUCACUCUAAGUUUAAACAAGCCAUGAAAAAUAAAACUUCUACUCUCUGAAAGCGCAUUUGGAUUUCUUUUAUGGUUUGGACACAAUCAGUGAUAUCAUGCACUCUGAAUUUGCCUUAAAAUGAAGUAAAUCUCUCAAACUUCUUCCAUGCUCACAGUUUUGUCCUUUACUGACACAAAUUCUACAUCAAAAUAAAACAUGUUUCUCUUCUUUCA